UACUGUCUAAUCAUGGCACAAGGCCCUAGUGUAGAGGAUCUCCUCAAACUCAGAUAGCGGAACUUCAAAAACCCAUUCCAACACUAAGUGAGCUGAGCCAGUUACCAGUUUCGGAACAAGUUCCGAUGCCCAAGAUAUUCAUUGAUGCCACGGUUGUUCGUAGCUGUGCUGGACGUAUUACUCCCCAACUAGAAAACUUAAUGUUUCUCGAUCAUGUCUUGCAAAUCAGCGACGUAAUGAUUAUGCACCAUACGGAUUGCUCAGCUGAAAUCUGGAAAAACGACGAUGUUCGCCGGGAUUUGAAUCAACGUGCACCUGAGCAUAACGAGAAGAUUGAACAACUCAAACUUCCUGGAUUUGAUGAUUUGUUGCAAAGUGUUCGAGAAGACGUACAAAUCGUUCGGGAUUCCCCUUUCAUUCGAAAAGAGCUUGCAGAUCGGACUCGAGGUUUCGUAUAUGAUAUCAAAUCGGGGGUGGUUACACCCGUAGAAUGAAAUGCCAGAUCAAAGUACAGGAAUUUGAUCAUAAAAUCAGGCUAGCGCGGCGUCAAAAUAUUUAGA